AUGGGAUAAUAAUGUUGUGGAGGUUAAUUAGAACCCAACAGCUCAUUAAACGAUUAACGAACGAAACAGCCGAAGAACACCCUAAAUUAAUCAGAGAAUCACUAUUACAAUAGUAGUUUGAAUAAUAAAAAACAAGAAGAUAUAAAAUCUGAUGGUAUAAAAGAAGCUGAGAUAAAAAGUAAGGGCAAUUAGAAAUCUAGUUCAUAUAAUGAUAGUAAUAAUAAUUAAUUUGCAAUGUAACUUGAGGAUAAAUCUUACAUAGUUUUAGUAGGAUAGUCGGGAGUUGGAAAAGAUGCAUUAAUUGAGUUAAUGACACUUAAGGGACUUGAAAUCAAUAUUUCAAGAAAUUCUAAGGAUAAUGAACCAAAAAUUAAAGAAGGAAUUCUUGGUGAAGAAUAUGUUAUUGUUGAUACACCGUCUUUUUAAUUAGAUGAUGAGAUUGAUAAAAGGGAAGCUGUUAUUAAGGAAUUUUAGGAAUAUUUUGAGGUUCCAAAAUAGAUUUCAAGCAUUGGGGUAGUUGUAAACUUUGAAAGAACCGAUAUAAUGAAGAAAAAAGUAACAUCAGUAUUAAAGUACUUAAGAAAAUUUAAAAAUAUCAUUUCAAUCAUAGUUGUAAACAUGGAAUUAAGUGAAAAUGAAGAAGAAGAUAAAAAUCACUUGAGAAAUAGCUUCAAACAUAUGGAAUGCAAUAAAAUAAUAUUUAUUAACAAAUACAUGAAUUAAGAAGAGAUUUUAGAAUAAUUUAUGUAAAUUACACCUAAAGAAAAAACAAAAAUCGAUUUCACCGAUACUAUUUUUGAAAAGCCUAAUAUAACAGAGGAGGAGAACUUCUUAAAAAUGUUGAAUGAACAUUUCAGUAAUCUGAGGCAACCUUGA